GCUCCACUCCUGGUCCGAGCUGUCUGUGCCACCUGUCUGUCUGAGAGCCAGCCAUGGGGCACUCAGCUGUCCUCCUCUCUGUGGCUCUAGUCAUCCUCCCAGCUUGUGUGACUGGGGGUCCUGUCCAAAGGCAGCAGCGGCAUAAGCUUCUCCUUGUAUCCUUCGAUGGCUUCCGCUGGAACUAUGACCAAGACGUGGAAACCCCUAACCUGGACUCCAUGGCUCAGGAAGGAGUGAAAGCUCGAUACAUGACUCCUGCCUUCGUCACCAUGACCAGCCCCUGCCACUUUACACUGGUCACCGGCAAAUACAUCGAGAACCAUGGGGUGGUCCACAACAUGUUCUAUAACACCACCAACAAGGUGAGGCUGCCCUACCAUGCCACGCUCGGGAUCCAGAGGUGGUGGGAUAAUGGCAGCAUACCCAUCUGGAUCACAGCCCAGAGGCAGGGCUUAAAAACUGGCUCCUUCUUCUACCCUGGUGGGAACGUAACCUACCAAGGAGAGGCCGUGACGAUGAGCCGGAAGGAAGGCGUCUUACACAAUUACAAAAACGAGACAGAGUGGAGGGCAAAUGUGGACACGGUGAUGAAGUGGUUCACGGAGGAGGAUGUGUCCCUGGUCACUCUCUACUUUGGGGAGCCAGACUCCACUGGCCACAAGUAUGGCCCUGAGUCCCAGGAGAGGAAGGACAUGGUGAAACAGGUAGACAGGACGGUGGGCUACCUCCGGGACAGCAUCAAGCGCCACCACCUCACAGACAGCCUCAACCUGAUAAUCACCUCGGACCACGGCAUGACGACCGUCAACAAGAAGGCCAGCGACCUGGUCGAGUUCCACAAGUUCCCCAACUUCACCUUCAGGGACAUUGAGUUCGAACUCUUGGACUACGGGCCCAACGGGAUGCUGAUCCCCAAGGAAGGGAUGCUGGAGAAGGUAUACAGUGUCCUCAAGGAUGCCCACCCCAGGCUGCAUGUGUACAAGAAGGAGGACUUCCCGAAGACCUUUCACUACGCCAACAACCCCAGGAUCACAUCCCUGCUCAUGUACAGUGACCUCGGCUAUGUCAUUCAUGGGAGAGUGAACGUCCAGUUCAACAAUGGUGAGCAUGGUUUCGACAACCAAGACAUGGACAUGAAGACCAUCUUCCGGGCUGUGGGUCCCAGCUUCAAGGCAGGCUUGGAAGUGGAGCCCUUCGAGAGCGUCCAUGUGUACGAGCUCAUGUGUCAGCUGCUGGGCAUUGUGCCCGAGCCCAACGAUGGGCAUCCAGGCGUCCUGCAACCCAUGCUCCGGUCAGGAUCUCCGCUCAGCAGGCAGCACCACUUGGUGGUGGUGUUGAUGGGGAUCCUAACGGGUCUGGCCAAGGUCGUAUAAUGCCCCAUCACUUGACGAAGAUCGGAGGCCCAGAAGGAGAGGAGGCUCAAAGGAUGAAACUGAGACUGUUUCCUGCUUCUCAGCCUGAAGUUCCUGCCCCACAGGGCACCCUCCCAGAUCCUCACCCUUUCCCUCUGCCACUUCACCCACUCCCACCUCCAACUCGGGAGCCAGAACAUGGCUUCUGGAUUCUAUCAAGCUGGUAUCUCCAGCAAGUGUGGAAGCCAGAGAAGUACUCCUAAGGUCCUUCCAGCGCAGGCUUGGAGGACAUCUCUGCAGACAGGCCAUCAUACCCCUGCAACAAUCACACUGCUCCCCCAUGCCUCCCUAGCCUUUACCCAGAGCCACCCACUCCUUCCUGCUGCCAUCCAAUGCCCCAGUGCAGACCUCAAACUUCACAGAGAACUGGUUUGAGGAGAACUGCAAGGCUAGCUGGUUUUGGAAUGCACCAGGAGCCAGUCUCACUCUGAGGACAUCCCGGCAUGACCGGGUGACAAGAUCAGCCUGGUUUUGUGUCCUGUGCCAUUACAACCCUUGGCCAGGGCAGAAGGUUAUUGUACUCUUCUAGAAACAUAAAACAGGAGCUCACUCA